ACAAGGACGCUCUGACACAAGAUUUCACCUUUAAUUUGAGUAACGUCUCGUGUUUGUAUUUGUAUUUAAGAGACCUUAAGUCGUUUUAUCUACCGAGAAUCUAAAGAUGCCUCCCAAACCUCUGGAGCCUCUGGCCAAGAAACUCAUGAAAGGAGUGAUCGCAUUGGAGCUGCUGGGCGUCUUCGGGGCUUACGCUCUGUUCCACAAGAUGAACAACAGUCGAGAUUUCAGGAGCACCAUGAACAGGAGGUUUCCAUCAGUUCUUGAAGUUUACUACCAGUCCAACGAGUGGGCCGGCGUCUACGGCAUCCGAGAGAGAGACCAUGAAGCCUGGGCGGCCAAACAGGACUGAAGGUGUCCGUCAUUUUACAGUCCACGCAACAACAGCUACUUCUUCUUGUUCCCGAACAUUUUGCUUCCCGUCCUGGCUCGGCCGAACGUCUUCUUCUUGUUAAACGUGGCCUUCUUCUGGAGUAGUGUCUUAACGUCUCGGCCUUGGAUCCAGUCACCAUGCUGAGACUCCUACUUGAGCUGCUUCAGGCCUGAAAGGGGACACGAAAUGUUAGAAAGUGAAGGAGAGGACACAUCAUACACUACCUCUGGUCUCAGGAACAGGAUACAACAUUGUAAUCAAAGUCAUUUAAAGCUGUUUUAACACCAUUUUCAUGUGGAUGUGUAUGUUUAAGGAGUCACUGUGGUCGCUCCCUUCUCAGCUCAACUACACUGUAAAAGGACGACAAAAUCCACAGAAAUGUAAUUUAAUUUAACAAAAAACAUUUCAGUUUUACACAUGAAGAGUUUCCUGAUGUGAUACAGAACAGAA